AGCAAACCACACUCGUUGUAUCUUAGUUUCAGUGAAGUAUGGGUAAUUUCAUAGGCCAUGCCGCCCCGGGAUGCUUCUUUUUGUGCUUUGGUCUGUGGUGGAUGCUGAAGUACUCCGUCAUGUGGGCCAGUCGGCUGGGAGGCGGGAGGACCAGCUCGACCCACACGGUGUGCUGCUGCGGUGGGGCGCGGCGCUUCCUGGGGAGGGUUCCGAUCGAAGGACUGGUCAAAAUGACAUUCACAACAGGAGGUAUCAUCUUUGAGCAACUGGUUGCCCACUGGAUUCUGAUCGAUUCAAAUGGACACUUUCAUAUUCUGGGGAACUGGCAACACACCACCAUGCACAGUUUCUUCCUCUUGAACGGGUUUUGUGAUAUUUUGAUCGCUCUAAGAGCGCCUGUACCGAGUGGAAUAGAUUACGCCACCAUGUCAUUGGCCUGCUCAGUGGAAGGGUUGUUAUUUUUCUACCAUCUGCAUGGCCGUGGUAACUUAGACGUUCAUGUCCAUCAGCUGUUGAUCCUGGCUAUCGUCCCAUGUGUGGCCGUGACAGGGCUGGAGACCUGGAACCCUCACACGGUGUACCUGCCCAUGAUCAGGGCAGCACUGGCAACGCUGCAGGGGACCUGGCUGUGGCAGGCUGGGUUCAUCCUGUACCCUCCCUUUCCUGGCCAUGACUGGGACCCGGACAGCCAUGAGAACAUGAUGUUUGUCUCCAUGGCGUUCUGUUGGCACAUCCUGGGCAUCCUGCUCUUCAUGUGUGUUGUGUACACAGUAGUCUAUCACAUCUACCAAGCCAAGGAGAAACAGUUAGGUAAUGACAUGGAGCUGGGACCGCUGUCUUCACACAUGCUGCAGACACACUCGGACUCAGAACUGGACUAACAUAUAUCAUUACAACCUGUCUAGUACUUUUUCCAUGUCAAUAUCAGAUGUCAAAUCAUUCAGUAUGUCAUGGAUGUCAGGAAAGACUGUGUCUCCUUCAUUUGUCACGGUCAGAUCUGUACACAGACGUUCAACAAUCGCGUGUCAAUGGCAAUCCGUCAUUUUCACCUUUGGAUGAAGGGAACCAAGUUAGACCAUGUAUUUCAGGAGGUAUGCAAAGACAUCAAAGCAAUGAUUCAGUAGCUGUAUCAAAGUAGCUCUUCGAUCGAUAUAUGUACAAUUAACUCUUUCUUUUAGAAAUAGUUUUAAGACAUUUAUUAUCUUGUAAGGUUAUGGGGUACAGCGUGACAAUUAGAUAAUCACCUACCAGUUUGCAUUCAUAAGAAUAACAGAGAUAUCUCAGCUAGUUAUAGUGGUGCGUUUUACAAGCCUUAUCUGUACUUGUACCAAACGUUCACAGAACGGAUGAUGUACAGAAUAUGUGCCUAUCAAAAUACUUCAAUACAAAGACAGGGAAUCUG